AGGUUAAGAACGGACCUCCGGAACGAAUUAAGUACUUAACCCGAGGUACCACUGUACAGAGAUGUGUCUAAGAAGCCAGUUCCACCAUAAAUUAUAAAAUAAUGCAGCUUAUUAAGUGUGAAUGGAGUGAUCAUGUGUUUUUCUUGCCAUUAUCUCACCUGCAUUCCUAAAGUUUGGAACAUAAGAAAGGACAGUGGAGAAAGGAGACAGUGUUAAAAUAAGAGAAGGGGCAUACUGGGACUGACAUGUGUUCAGUUCCUUUCUUGUCUUUAUUGUAAGUCUUAACAGGAUUCUCUUCCCCCUCCCCCCUCCUAAACAGGUGAGGAAGAUGAUGGCCAGAAUUCUAUGGAGCCAUCUGUGAAUUCAUUGGGAAGAACAAAGAAACAGUUUAAAUGCAUGGAAUGUGGGAUGUGUUUUAGUCACAGUGGAAGACUGAGGACACAUCAACGAAUUCACAUAGAGGAGAAACCAUUUAAAUGUACUGAUUAUCGAAAGAAACAUCAAGGAACUCACACAGUGGAUAAACCAUUUGAAUGUACUGAAUGUGCAAAGUGCUUCAGUCGAAAUGGAAAGCUUAGAAUACACCAACGAACUCACACGGGGGAGAAACCAUUUAAAUGUAUUGAAUGUGGAAAGAGCUUCAGUGAAAGUAGAGCACUAAGAAAACAUCAACGAACUCACACGGGGGAGAAACCAUUUAAAUGUAUAGAAUGUGGAAAGAGCUUCAGUAGAAGUGAACACCUUAGAAUACACCAACGAACUCACACGGGGGAGAAACCAUUUGAAUGUAUUCAAUGUGGAAAGCGCUUCAGUGUAAUUGGAAACCUUAGAAAUCAUCAACGAACUCACACGGGGGAGAAACCAUUUGAAUGUAUUCAAUGUGGAAAGUGCUUCAGUCGAUAUGGAACACUUAGAAUACACCAACGAACUCACACGGGGGAGAAACCAUUUAAAUGUAUUGAAUGUGGAAAGUGCUUCAGUCGAUAUGGAACACUUAGAAUGCACCAACGAACUCACACAGGGGAGAAACCAUUUAAAUGUAUUGAAUGUGGAAAGAGCUUCAGUGAAAGUGGAGCACUAAGAAAACAUCAACAAACUCACACAGGGGAGAAACCAUUUAAAUGUAUUGAAUGUGGAAAGAGCUUCAGUAGAAGUGAACACCUUAGAAUACACCAACGAAUUCACACGGGGGAGAAACCAUUUAAAUGUAUUGAAUGUGGAAAGAGCUUCAGUCACAAUGGACACCUUAGAAGCCAUCAACUAACUCACACGGGGGAGAAACCAUUUAAAUGUACUGAAUGUGGAAAGAGCUUCAGUGAAAGUGGAGACCUUAGAGUACACCACCGAACUCACACGGGGGAGAAACCAUUUGAAUGUACUGAAUGCGGGAAGAGCUUCAGUGAAAGUGGAAACCUUAGAAGACACCAACGAACUCACACGGGGCAGAAACCAUUUGAAUGUAUUGAAUGUGGAAAGAGCUUCAGUCGAAAUGGAACACUUAGAAUACACCAACAAACUCACACAGGGGAGACACCAUUUAAAUGUAUUGAAUGUGGAAAGAGCUUCAGUCAAUAUGGACACCUUCGAAUACACCAACGAACUCACACAGGAGAGAAACCAUUUAAAUGUAUUGAAUGUGGAAAGAGCUUCAGUCAAAAUGGACACCUUAGAAGCCAUCAACUAACUCACACGGGGGAGAAACCAUUUAAAUGUACUGAAUGUGGAAAUAGCUUCAGUCGAUAUGGAAACCUUAGAAUGCACCAACGAACUCACACGCGGGGAAAACCAUUUAAAUGUAUUGAAUGUGGAAAUAGCUUCAGUCGAUAUGGAAACCUUAGAAUACACCAACAAAGUCACAUAGGGGAGAAACCAUUUAAAUGUAUUGAAUGUGGAAAGAGCUUCAGUCGAAAUGGAAACCUUAGAAGCCAUCAACUAACUCACACGGGGGAGAAACCAUUUAAAUGUACUGAAUGUGGAAAGUGCUUCAGUCUAUAUGGAACACUUGGAAUGCACCAACGAACUCACACAGGGGAGAAACAAUUUAAAUGUAUUGAAUGUGGAAAGAGCUUCAGUGAAAGUGGAAACCUUAGAAAACACCAAAGAACUCACACGGGCGAGAAACCAUUUAAAUGUAUUGAAUGUGGAAAGAGCUUCAGUGAAAGUGGACACCUUAGAAGACACCAACGAACUCACACAGGGGAGAAACCAUUGAAAUGUAUUGAAUGUGGACAGAGCUUCAGUGAAAGUGGAGCACUAAGAAAACAUCAACAAACUCACACGGGGGAGAAACCAUUCAAUUCAAUUCUAAUCCUUUAUUAGGCAUAAUACACCACACAUUGUCAAACAAGCAUCAUAUACAGACUGUAUAAAACUGGGAGCAGAACUGGGGAAUAUUGUUUUCUUUGUUAUAGGUGGUUCCGUAGGUCCCAGUUCGUCAGGCAAUAGGAAUAGCCUUAGUAUCCACUCACUGUUGGAUAAAGGUUUUGUGGUAUAAGUUGCAUAGUUAAAUUCCCUGGUGACCGGUGUGGCUAGGAGGGUAAUAGAUUUCCUUAUGGAUGCUAGUCUUUCAAUUAGUACGUCCUGAGCUUUAUGUAUUUGUUCAAUAGUUGCUAUGAAGCGGUUUUCCUUCUCUAUGCUGGAGCUUUCGUCUGGUACGUGAUUUGGGGAUAGGGUUUUAGGUCUUUUAGCCAGCUGGUUCGAGGCUUUAUCUGCCUCUAAUUGAAGCAUCUUGAAGUUCUCGUCCAUCAUAGACAUUGUCGGCUUUAUUUUUAUCUUAUCAGUCGUGAUUGUUUCGAUGAGAGCGGUGGGAGUACCGGACACUUCGAAUAGCCGAGUCACCUGCAAUCCAACCCUUUGUAGCUUGUCCUUAUUGUCUGAGACUAGUUUGGUUGUGUGCCAGUCUCUGAAUGUUAUCACAACUCUGUUUAGGUCCUUAUCUGAUGGCAGAAAUUUAACAUUAAUGAUGUUUUCUGCUGGGACGAGCCCUCUAACGGCUAAUUCAGUUUUCUUGAGAAUAUAGAUUCUCUGUUGUGCUGGGGAAAGGAGAUCUUUGUGCAUGUGUACAGGUAGGAUGAUAAGUUUUUGUUUAUUUAGAAUUAGAUUUCUGCUAGAGUAUGUUGUUUUAGGAAUAGUUGCUUGCUUAGGGAUCGGGUUUUCCCUUGAUUUUCCCGCGGUUCCAUUCGGGAGCGCUAGUUGCUCUGUUGAAUUAUGAAGCCUAGCCUUAUGGAGUUCCUCUGUUGGAUUGAAUAGCACAGCCUUAUGGAGGUUUUUAUUUGGGCUUGGGCUUGGGCUUGGGCUUUUAUCAAGGGGUGGCAGAACUGGGUUAGCUGGGCUCGUUGGAUUUGAAUUCUCUAAUAGCUUAAAUAGUCUUGUGAAGUUCACUUUCUUUGUUCGAGAUGGGGGCUUUGUCUUCCUUCCCAUUUUUACGUUCUUGGGCUUCUUCUCUUUAUUCCUGGGACACUUCCUCUUUAAGAGGGGUUUCUUAGGGUCAAUUAAAUUUCCCUUCUGGUUUGCUUUAAUCCUAAAUGUUUUCCUUUUUUCCACAUCAUGUCAGGUUUUAUUGUCCUUGAUGUUGUUAUUGUUUGGUGUACUAGAGAGAACUUUGUAUGAAUGCAAGUUGUCUAUUCUCCUAGUUAUUUCAGUCAGGGUGGUAAGUAGGCCCAAGCAUUCUGAGAGGAAGUCUUUGAUGUGUCCCAGUUCUCUGCCUAUCUGCAACUUCUGUUCAUUUAACAGAUCAUUAUAUAGUCCUGUUAGUAUGUAGGGGAGGCAUUCCAAGUCCAGAUAGUGGGCUCUUGUGUCCUCCAGGUCCUCAUUCGUCACAGUGAGAAACCCCAUCUUGUCCCCGGGCCUGGGUCUUUGGGAGGGCUCAUCUGUCUUAAUUACUGGGUUUUCCUCUUGUGACUCUUGUUCCUGCUCCAGCCCCGGUUGAUUCACUAAGGUUUCAUCUUCUAUGGCAACUUGUUUUAUUUCCGUUGCCAGAUUGACUCCCACCCCUUCUUCGUCUGUUUCCAUAAGCUCCCCGUACCUGGUGCGGUCUAUGGACCAUUCGUGGGGGUGUCGUUUGUCAGCAUUAUUUAUUUUGUCUGUUUUCGGUUUAAAAUAUUGUGAGAUUUUCACCUGCCUUCCUCUUGUAGAGGGUUCAGCCGCUUUGGUGAGGGGGAUUCCCAACUCUUUAUAACUCUGUCUUGUGAGCACCAUUCUCUAGGUUGAAAGCUUCCCUUAUUGGGCACUUUGUUGUAGAAAUAAAGGUAGAGUAAAGUUUGGAAAA